AUGGACCUGUCAUCGACCUCAAAGAUGCAGUGUGACCGAUAUAUGGAAAAAUCCGCAUGCGUGACAACCAGCGAGGCUCAGCUUACAAAGUUUAACUCAUUUGAGUCCGCCCUUUCGAUUACCAGGAAGAAUACAUUCCGAAGCAAAAGCAAGCAAGCUCUGUGCAGUAGCUUCCCUGAAGGUUCUGAUUCACAGGCUCUACCCACAGCAUUCAUCGUGACGACUGCUGGGCACACAUCUUCAACGCACUCUCAAGCGUCGUCAACUGGAUCCAUUAAAUCCGUAUCAAAGAAAGAAAAUUCAUCAGGAAAACCAGGAAAAGAUCGUGGAUGGAAUGCAACUGGAACGCAUUCUCAAUCGGGUCAUUCGUCUUCCAUAAGUUCGGAAGUUAGAGAACGGCUAAAAACGUGUGUCUUGAAUAAGCUAAAAAGCCAGGAACAAGAAAUUCGAAUUUUGAAUGGGGACUCAUUAAGAACGGAAGCGAAAGGGCUGGAUGUACAAAACACUCCUCUCAAGAUUAGUUGUUCGACCAAUCCCGCCGAUCCAACUUUCGGGCAGCUGUCACCCAGUUCGCAAAACCAGAAAACAGGAACUCGGUUAGAGUUAAAAAAUACCGAGGGCAACACAAAGAGUUUACCAAAUGAAAGUUUAUUUACAGAUAUAACCCACUCCAGCCUAAACUAUGGAAGUCUACAGUCACAUUGUUUGGGAUCGUUCCCAUAUGACAGAACGCACAAUACUCCUCAGAGGCACUCAUGUAAUCCUAAGUCUGGUGAUCAUCUACGAAAGACCAUGUCUGAACCAAGUCUAAAACCGCGCGGAACCGCAGUUUACCGACACCGCAGCCGCAUUGAACGUAGGCAUUUAAAUGCAUCUUCAGCCACUGCUGUGGCCGCUGCGAUGGCUGCUUCGGUUGGAAUGAAUGCUGGUACGGAGUUCAGCACAAGCCUUUAUCAGCAGCUUACAUCCAAUGCGAGGCAGAGACAAAUACAUUUAUUGCAGAAAACAGAGUCGCAACCGAUCGAUUCGGAUGUGCGCAUGGAUACGUCUGAAGAGGCUAACAUAAACUCGGAGGAGGUAAACGUAAACACAUCGGUCGAAGCAGGCGGAGAGACUGUCUCUCCAAAUGCCUUACUAGAACUCCUCGCUGCAGCCUCUGGAAUGCUGAACACCAGCUCUGGUGGUCUGGUUUCUAAUCUGUUUACUAAUGCCAUUGACUCCAAACCUGAAAGCGAUGUAACCAAGGGUCGCGCCUCAAACAAUACUACAAAUGCCAUUUCCCCACCGGGUAUUUUCCCCGCGGAACCUAGUGAUUUUCGUGCAAGUCUACCAAAUCUGACAAACGCCACGCCACUUCGGGUAGAUCAAACGAGUUUCCAAGCAGACUAUUCUGAUGCUAAGUUGAGAACACAGCCACAAAAGCCAAAUGAAGCCAGAGCACGGUCAUCGUCAUCGGCAGUCUCACGCACAGAAAGCCUACAACCAGCUGUGAGUCAUAAGAGUUCGGAAGCUGAUGGUAGUAAACCAAGCCAUCAGGCGUUCCAAAGGAAGCAUCAUACACUGGGUUUGAUAAGUCGAACUCGGUCCGCCCCACUGGGACUUGCUGGCAGCGGUAAUGCUAUGAGGUGUCUUCCUGGUUAUGGAAACAUCGCUAAUCUUCUGGGGUCACUAACAUGCAACUCCUCUGCGACCUCUGCCGCCAAUGUGUUGGCGAUGGAGGCUGUCACUUCCAACUUUGAGCCGAAUAGGUCGAGUAAAGAAGACGGUGAGGUUUUGUCACAGAAUAGUAUGGACCAAGAACAGACAUCUAAUGCAGCGCAGCAAGGCACUGAGGAACCACAAAGAAGUAAAGCUGUGAUGCAGUUAAGGAAGAAACUUUUGGAAAGAUCGGAAUUUGUGGUGUCGGAUCGAUCCGGCAUUGGAAGCAAUCGGACACCUAAUAAUUUGCUCAACGGACAUAACCCCAGCGCGUCGGGUGCGAGUAGUAAUCCGAUACUUGAGCGAACCUCCUCUAGUCCCGUGGUGAACAUGGUAUCAACAGUUCGCCAAGAAGGCAGAGCGGCCAGCGGAUUGGCUUCAAAGUGCCACCACCAACCUGGACGUCGUGCAACUCUAAGAGAAUUGCAGUGGGCACAUCACGACAUUUACACCAUUCUUUUUGGCAGUGAUCCUGCUAAUCGAUGUCGUAUUGCGCCGUCAUUACUGGCCACCGUACGUUUGUGUCGCCUGGACUGUGGAGGGGUCGGCGUAGAUUCGGAUACGACAUGGAACACGGCCGGACAGACAGCCCACGCAGCUAGGCUUGCCGCCGGAUGUGUAAUUGAUUUGGCUUGUCGCGUUCUGGCUGGCCAGUGUCCAAAUGGUUUUGCAUUGGUUCGACCACCUGGACAUCACGCUGAACCGGGUCAAGCAAUGGGUUUUUGUUAUUUCAAUUCAGUAGCAAUUGCUGCCCGACAGGCUCAAUACUUCCAUCCUUCACCAAUUUCUGCAGACGUUGAGGCACUCAAACGCUUCGGAAUCCACUCGGAUAUACCUAUCCAACCAAGCACAACUUCAUUACAAGCUAGGCGAGUUCUCAUUGUUGACUGGGAUAUACAUCAUGGAAAUGGUACCCAAACAGUGUUCUAUUCCGAUCCGUCCGUUCUCUACAUUUCACUUCACCGAUACGACGGCGGUGGCUUUUUUCCCGGUACAGGUGCUCCUGAGGAGAUAGGCAGUGGUCCAGGAAUAGGCUAUACUAUCAAUAUUGCCUGGCCAACUGGAGUGGUGAUGGCUGAUGCAGAGUACCUGGCCGCAUUUAGACUUAUUGUUCUCCCAGUAGCCUUAGAAUUUCAACCGGAUUUAGUCAUUGUUUCAGCCGGUUUUGAUGCAGCACCUGGACAUCCAGCUAGCCUUGGUGGAUAUAACGUAAGCCCUGCAGCAUUUGGCUGGAUGACAAGGCUGUUGUGCAACCAGAAGAUAGCCAGAGCACGCAUUGUGUUGGCUCUGGAAGGAGGUUAUGAGUUAAAUAGUCUAUGUGAAUGUACCGAGGCAUGUGUUCGGUCACUCUUAAUGUCGACCUACGAACAGCGAACCAGCUCAGAGGACUGUGACUUCAAACCGGAAUUAUUCGCACUUCCUGAAUCUGAGCUAAAACGCAUUCCUCACCCCGAUGCCAUAGACUGCCUCAUACACUUAGCACAUCUGCACUCAACCUAUUGGAACUGUUUCUCACGAGACAUUGACUUUGAUGAAGCCUCCUUACCGGCCAGCAGUUGGCUACCUUUCCAGACGGAUGAUUUCAAAUAUACCGAGAAUCGGUUGAAAAAACAUUUUGAAAAGCUAUCGAUGGCAACUGCUGAAGAGCGCCGAGCACGAACUAUAACAAAACAGAAUCAGUUAGAUGAAGAUGACUUCAUGUUCUGCUCGCAGCAACAGAAUGAGGUACCAAUCAAUUUGACCUUACGGCCAGCUAUAACGACGGAAAAUAUACUAACGUGUGUGCCAAAAAUGAGUUAGAUUGUCUAUCCAGUCAUUUUGAUGUAUUCAUCAAGAGACUUAUCUUCGCAACCGAAUGUAACAGAUGCCCCUACUCGCUUACUGUAUUCAAGAGUGAAAUCACAACACGAGAUAAACAGUACAUGGUACAACAAUACGAAACAGACUGGUCGUUUCAUAUUCACAAUUCUAUAGUACACACCCGGCGUUUUGUGAGUCGACUUGUACAAAUCAACCCAACCUCGGUUUAAUGUGCCACAUAUCCUUUGUGUUUUUGGUCACUCAUUUUCGUUCUCGGUGCACAUUCCAAUAUGUAAUUUCCCGUUGGAUUUGUUGAACAAAUCUUUCAACCCGGUGUGUAACCGUACACAAGAUGGUCCGCAGAGACCAUUCAACUAGGUAUCCUUGAUUUCUGCCGUGUGAGACGAACUGUCACAUGUGUCUGUGUGCAUAUUCCCAACAGCCUAUUUCUUUACUUGAUCAACAUGGAACUUGCAGAGAGACUCCCGGACAUGUUUCCAGCAUUUUCAGCAGCAGAGUCUGUCACAAUAGCACUACGGCUUUAUACGUGGUCCCAUCCGUGUAUAAUUAAUAUAUGUACAUCAUAUCCACAGCCCUUUCAAAUGCACUCAUCAGUGUUUUGUCCACUGACGUCAGUAUAGUGAUGUUUCACUCCCUGUUUCCUUUUUCACCGCUGUCAAGUUGUGCCUCUACUCACUGAGUGUAUUUUGUGCAUGCA